ACUAAAAAAAAAAAAAAAACUUUGGGUAGUGUUUACCUUUGGUGGUUGGGAGUGAGGGUGAUUAACAAGGAGGAGAAGACUAUUAGGGUGUGUGUAAUGUUCAGUUUCUUAAUCUGGGUGCUGCAAUGCAGUUUGUAGAAGUGCAAUGAGCUGCACCUUUAUGGUUUGUGUGCUUUUUUUCAAUGUAUAUACUUGAACAAAUACAUAAAUAAGUGACAGUUCAGCCUGGCCUGUAUUAUUACGUAUUGUAUUGAACAACACUCAUUUAUAUUAAUGUGGUCCAUCAUUUCAGAGGUGAGCUUGGUUCAUCAUUCUAACUCAUGUACAAUUUUGCUGUGGUGGCGUUUGGGAAGUGAAUUUAGCGGCUGCCAUCCCACUUCUGGAAAUACAACCACCUUCCUGAGAGUCCAUGUAAACAAUCAUAAAUGAGAACUCGUAAUUUUCUCACAGACCCUGUAGGACGAAUCACUACGAAUGCGACCCUACAGAAUUCAGGAUGGACCACGGGUAAAUUCAGAAUGAAACAAAAUGUAACGAUUACCCCCAAACAAAAAGGAAUAAAAAACUGCCUUUUAAAGUGAGAUACGCAACAGAACCAUGCAUCCCAUUAAGGCCAUACAAUUCUUAUAGGUAAUGAAAGCGCUGAAGAGGCUCAAACUGAAUAGGAAAAUUAAUUUAGCAAAAGUGGCAUUACAGAACCAAACGGUCCAAAUCCCCCAAAAGGAACGUGGUCUAACAACGCCCGUGUACUGUAGGACCUGUGUCUCGGACGCCGUAGCGCGAGGAAAAGUAAUUGUCUGGGCCGCAAGGCCGAGCUCAGAGUUCCGGACGUGCCGAUCACGUGGCCGCGAGCCCUCAUUUUUCGCCUUCCUGCAGCCCGGGUUACCGGCUGAGAAGCGCGCGGCGAUGGCGUCACCCAUCCGCGCAGACGCUUUAGUUUCCCUGGCAACCGCAGGCUGAGCGCAGCGGUUUAGGAGAUGCUAUCCCGGCGGCCUAAAGAUCCCCUGCAGGUGGUGCGGCGCCGUAACCAGGAGUUGAAGCUACAGGUUGAUAGUUUGCUUUCUGAAAACCAAUGGAAAGGAGCUCUAGAACCCAAUAAAAGACAAGAUAUCUACCAAAGAUGUAUUCAGUUAAAACAGGCAAUAGAUGAAAAUAAAACCACUCUUCAAAAAUUAAAGAAGGCUGAUGAAGCUGCACCUGUUGGGAACUAUGAUCAGAGGAAAGAAGAGGAGCAGGCCCUCCUGGAAAAGCUUACCCAUCAACUGCAGGAACUUGCUGUGGCCAUAAGUAAAGAAAAUAUGACUAAGACAGGUGCACCUACUGAAAAAGAGGAAGAUGGUCAUUCUGCUGAAGAAGAACAGGAUGAUGAUGGUGAUGAUGAUGAUGAUGAUGAUGAUGGUGAUGAUGAUGAUGAUGACGAUGAUGACGACAAUGACGACAAAGGAGAAGAAGACAGUGAAGAAAGUGCUGGAGAGGAAGAAGAAUCUGAAGAGGAGGAAGAGCAACAGGAAGAUGAAUCUCUUAAACAAGCAGCAAAUAAAGAAUACAUUGCUCUUGGGGAUUUUACUGCUCAGCAAGCUGGGGAUCUUACGUUUAAGAAAGGGGAAGUUCUCCUUAUAAUUGAAAAAAAGCCUGAUGGUUGGUGGAUUGCGAAGAAUGCCAAAGGAAAUGAAGGUCUUGUUCCCAAAACCUACAUGGAGCCCUAUAAUAAAGAAAAAGAAGACCAAGAAUCAAGUGAAGAAGACAGUGAGGAGGAUGUGGAGGUGGGAGAUGAAAUAGCAGAUGGAACUGAAGUGAAGCAAAGAACUGAUUCCCAUUGGAGUGCUGUUCAAAAAGCUAUCUCAGAGCAGAUAAACACUGUUGAUGUGCUGACCACGAUGGGGGCCAUUCCUGCAGGGUUCCGGCCCUCCACACUCUCCCAGCUGCUGGAGGAAGGGAAUCAAUUUCAAGCAAGUUACUUCCUACAGCCAGAGCUCACAGCAUCACAGCUGGCCUUCCGAGACCUAGUGUGGGACACCAAGUCUGGCACUAUCAUGUCAAGACCCAGCCGUGUUUCGUUAGUCCUGACCCUAUUUAGCUGUAAGAUGAUUCCUCUCCCGGGAACGAGCAUUCAGGUCCUCAGUAGGCAUGUGCGCCUCUGUGUGUUCGAUGGUAACAGGGUCCUGAGCAACAUUCAUACAGUCCGAGCCACAUGGCAACCUAAAAAGCCCAAAACCUGGGCUUUUUCUCCCCAGGUUACUGGCAUCUUGCCCUGCUUGCUCGAUGGUGAUUGUUUCAUCAGGUCCAAUUCUUCAUCUCCAGACCUCGGGAUAUUGUUUGAACUUGGAAUUUCUUAUAUUCGCAAUUCAACUGGUGAACGAGGAGAGUUAAGUUGUGGAUGGGCAUUUCUGAAGCUGUUCGACGCCAGCGGCAUUCCUAUUCCAGCCAAAACUUACGAGCUCUUCUUGAAUGGCGGGACUCCCUAUGAGAAAGGCGUGGAAGUGGACCCUUCCGUGUCCAGGAGAGCACACAGCAGUGUUUUCCAUCAGAUGCUGACCAUGAGAAGGCAGCCCCAACUUACGGUAAAACUGAGGUCUCUGAACCAAAGAUCAAGAAACACGCUAAGUCUUCUGCCAGAAACAUUGAUUGGAAGUAUGUGCUGCUCUCACUUGUUGGUAUUUUAUCGACAAAUUCUUGGAGACGUGCUGCUGAAAGACAGGAUGAACUCACAAAGCACUGAUCUAAUCAGUCACCCGAUGCUGGCCUCCUUCCCCAAGCUCUUGGAGCAGCCUGAGGUCAUGGAUGCUCUGCGGAGUUCAUGGGCUGAGAAAGAAAACACAAUGAAAAGAUCAGAGAAGAGAGACAGGGAGCUCCUGAAGGCCAGCUUCCUCCUGGUCUAUCAUGACUGUGUGCUCCCGCUGUUGCACUCCCCACUCCUACCUCCCUUCAAGUGGGCUGAAGAGGAGACCGAGACUGCACGGUGGAAAAUCAUUGCUGACUUCCUCAAACAAACCCAUAAGAAUGAGGGCGCCCUGCAGGCUCUGCUGUCGCAGAAUGGGGUCUAUGAGCCUUUCGACCUCUUGGAGCAGGCCUACGACUUCCUGGAUGUGGAAAGGAGGAGGCCCAGCUAAGGGUGGCAGCCUGACCCUCAGCUUUGGUGACCUGCUGGGGGACGCAGACCAAGUGACUGAACCUGAAGUAACUGACCCAUCCUGAGAGCCUGCUCUUUUUUUUGUACAAGUUAUAUUUUUUUAAGAA